AUGCCAAUUGCUAUCAUCUCAUAUAUCUAUAGAAAAUUUGGGGCUCAUAAACAAGAGAAAUUUAAUUCAGAUCAUGCCCAACCUUCAAACAAUUCAGGGUUGAAUGUUUCCAGCAGAGAUUCCAGCAUCAAAACUGAAAAAACAAGGCAGCAGACACCAGUCAAAGAUUCCAAUCGAAUAAACCAAAACGAAAUUGAAAUUGGAUCAACCUCUCAAAUUUCUUAUGUGGAAAUAGACUUUCCAGAUGGUGGGGUAAAAGCCUGGAGCACGGUUGUUGGUUCAUUUCUUGGUUUGGUAAACUGUUUCGGUUGUAUCAACAGUAUUUCUGCUAUAGAAGCAUAUAUCGCUCGAAACCAAUUAAAUCAUUCAUCAGCAUCUACUAUUGGAUGGAUUUUCUCUAUAUAUUUAUGUAUCACUUUGUUGUGUGGUAUUUUGACUGGAGAUUUUUUUGACCGCAAUGGUCCAAGAAUUCCAAUAUCUAUUGGGGGAGUUCUUUCAUUUGUCGGUGUUUUUAUGACAGGUAACUGUUCCGAAAUUUAUCAAUUUAUUCUUGCCUUUGGAGUCUUAGCUGGUUUAGGGAGUGCAGUUCAAAUUUCCAGUCUAAUUGGGGUGAUUGGGCACUAUUUCUAUAAGCGAAGAGGUAUUGCAAUGGGUAUAGCCACUGUUGGUGGCUCCUUUGGCGGGGUCAUUUUCCCAAUCAUGUUGAGAAAGUUAUACUCUAAUUUAGGUUUUACUUGGGCGAUGAGAAUAUUUGCCUUCCUUCUUCUAUUUUUGGACAUCGGUGCAUUAGUCUUUAUUACUCCAAGAUUUCCUCCAAAAAAAAUAUCAGCUAAUAAUAAAAAAGUAUUCGAAAGAAUUAUAUUGUUCUUGAAAACAACUCUAGACGUUCACGCCUUUAGGGAUAAAAGAUUCCUCUUUUGCGUUCUUGGUGUCACUUUUUCUGAAGUAUUCCUUGUGAUUUCCACUACCUAUUAUAGCUCUUAUGCUAUAUUUAUGGGCAAUUCCGAGAAUACUUCGUACUUGCUCAUCACUGUUAUGAAUGCUACUGGAAUAAUUGCAAGAGCACUCGCUGGCUAUCUAUCUAAUAAAGUUGGUAAAUUUAACAUCAUGACCAUUAUGACUCUUUUCUCUUCUGUUUUCUGUCUAAUUAUUUGGUUGCCAUUCGGUCAUUUAACUAGCGGCUUGUACGUCUAUUCUGUGGUUUUUGGUAUUUCUUCAGCUGGUGUAUUGAGUUUGACCCCAUUGUGUAUCAGCCAAAUUAGUAAAGUUGAGGAAUUUGGCAAAAGAUAUUCCACAUGCUACUUUGUGGUUGCGUUAGGGGACUUGAUAGGUAUCCCAAUUUCUGGCUUAUUUAUUGGAAUGAAUCCGACGGUCCGGAACUACAAUAACUUCAUAAUUUUUAAUUCCGCUUUAGGUUUUACUGGUGUUGUUUUUUGGCUUGCUUCUAGAUGGACCGCGGUAAAAUAUCAGUUACAUGUUUACUAG